AUGAUUUGCUUUUUUUAAUUCUUUUUGUUCAAGUCCCUUAUCAAGUAAAUUAAAUUACAAAAUUAGGAUAGUAUAGAGUGAAUGUAAUUUUUUCUCUUAUCAACCAAUUUUACAUGUUCCAAAAGCAGAAAUUGAAGAACAUUUAUCAGAUGAUUAGAUGUAGUAAUAGGCAAAUACUGGAUAUGGUAUUUGGAUGAAGUAUUAACCAUUUAGAAGUAUUGAUGAUCUAAGUAUCCAUCAUAUAAUUGAUAUUAGGAAAAAGGUAUACUUAAGAAGAUAAUGCUUUGAAUUAUCAAAAAGUUGUUAAGGGCGGACAAUUUAUUUAUUCUAUAGAAUAAGGACAAAGUUAAUAGAAUAUAAUUGUUGUUUCUGUUUAUAUUGAUAUUGAAAGUGAAUUAAUCCAACAUCAUAUACUUUACUCCACUUUGUUGAAAUAGCAUAAAUUAUAAUUUACUUAGGAUAAUUAAUUAUAUGAAGGAGUCUGGAUUUUGUUUUUUGUAUUUUUUGAUGUAAACUAAAAAAAAACAACCUUUGGAUACAAUAAUCUUAAAGGAAUGUCAUAGAUUUAAGUAGUGUAGGAAAUUCCAUUUUUUGAAUAAAAGAUUAAACAUAUUUAAGGAGGUCUUUAUUAAUAUAUUGAUAAUUAAUAAACACUAGUCAUAUUAGAUUAAUUUCAAGGUCAGUUAUCUUAUGCUUUUACAUCAAAAUUUGAGAACAUUUUUGAUGAUAUAAAUCUUUGUGUAAAUAGAUUCAUGAGAUAUUUUUAUUGUCAAGAAUUUGAUUAUGUUUUGACUGAUUGGAACUAAUAAAUGAAGGGAGAUAUAUAUAUUCAUUAAACCACAAUUGAAUUAGACGUUCCUAAAUAUGUAAUUCAUGGAUGGAUAAAAUUAAAUUUAAUAUAUUAAUAUAAUCUGGAAACUAUAAUAUUUAGAAUUACAAUAAAUAAAGAUUAUAAUGAUGAUCUUAACUUAGGUGAUCAAGUUGCUCUUCUCAAAUAUUACUAAAGUAAUAUUCCAGCCGAAAAUGGUUUUGAAUUAUCUACAUAUUCUUAUUAAUUUCCUGUUAAAAUACGAUAUUAGACUCAGAAGGAUGAUAAGAUAAGUGAUUAUGGUGAUUAAUACUCAGAAUUAUUUAUUUAAUGGCAUUACAUCAAAUAUGAAUUUGGGUCUGAUAAUUUUGGAGGAUAGCCAAUUUUUUCAAUUUAUUUCCCAUCUAUAGAUGAAGUGAGAAGGUUCUAAUGGAACAAGAUAAUAAGGCAUUUUACAGGAGCUAAACUUGAAAUUUAUUUAGGUGGAGAUGAUUAUACCAAUUUUUUCAUGAAAGGAUUUAUAAGUGAAAUGACAUUUACUAUUUUUUGUGAAUCAGCACCCAUUAAGAAUCCUCCUUGUCAUUACACUUGUUUUACUUGUAAUGGUCCUACAUAAUUUAAUUGUAUUAGUUGUACAGAGACUUAAUUUAGAUAUUUUUCUAAAAUUGAAAACUCUUGUAUUUGUUAAGAUGGUUAUUAUGAAAAUGAUGUUGGGAUUUGUGAAUCUUUAGUUAUUUCAUUACCUUAAAUUUUAAGAUAGGAAGUUGAGAUUAAAUGCAAAUAAAUCGGUUAUAAUAUUUGUAAUGAAGAUUAAAUUGAAUGUACCUUCGGGUAUUUUUAAUUCCAUAAUAAAUGCAUUUAGUGGUAUGAAAUGAUAUAUUGGUUAGUCCUCAUUAUAGUGAAAUAAUGUCUAUCGUCCAUUUUACAUGUUUUAAUUGUAUCAUAUCUCCUUAGGAAUUUGCCAACAACUUAACUUGUUUUUAAGAAGCAAGUACCUAUUUAUACAAUAAAGAAUAUAUUUAUCAAAUAAGAUUGAAAAAUUAAAAUGAAAUUAGCUUUUAUGAAAUUUCUGUUGGUUAAGAUUAAAACUUUGAAUUAGUAUUAUGUAUUAAUUGUGCUGGAAAAUAAUUAUGUAAGCCAGGCUAUUUUUAUACAAAUAAUUAAUGUGUAAAUUGUAUUGAAGGUUGUCAAACUUGUUUAGAUAUUAAUAAUUGUGAUUAAUGUUAUCCAAAUUAUUAUAGAGAUUUUGAAAAUAAAUGUAAAAGUUGUUAAAAUUGUGCAAGUUGUACAGCUUAUGGAGACGAUAUAUAUUGUGUUACUUGUGAAGAAAAAUAAAUAUUAGUAGUUGCAACUUGUCUUUAAUGUGGAAGGAAUUGUGAUUAAUGUGAUGACUAAUAAUAUUGUAAUUUUUGUAUCGGAUCUCCAUCAGAUUAUUAUAUUUCAUUAGAUGGAAUAAAUUGUAAUAUCUGCAAUAUUGAUAAUUGUAUUUAUUGUUUUGAAUAUUAUUUUAACAACAAUCAGUACUUUACAACAUUAGAUAUUAAAUUCUCUACUUUUAAUUCUCAUUUUCAUUAAAUAAAUGUAGGGUGCGCUUUGUGCUCUAAAAACUAUUUUUAUAAUUAGAAUACUUAAUAAUGUGAAUUGCAGAUAUUUGAUAACAAUUAUAAUUGUGAAUUUGCUAUUAUAAAUCAAUUUGAUUUUAGCAAGAAAUGCAUCAGAGGCUCAGAAAAUGCAUUUGCUAUAUAAAUAUCAAAAUGUCCAGGUAUCUCAUUUUGUCUUGAAUGCAUAAAUAAUUAUAAAGAUAAUGAUCCAUUUUGUAUCAUUUGCUAAGAUGGAUAUUAUUCACAUAUAUUAACAGGUCAAUGCAGUCUUUGUCCUAAUGAUUGUAAGUCAUGUAUUUAAUAAAACAAAAAAUAUAGAGAUUAUUGGAAGUGGGAUAUUAAGGCAUUUUAUAAGUUUUUUCUUAAUGGAAAUAAUGACCAUCCUUUUGAAGAUUUUGCAUCUAAUUCUUCCGAAAAAGAAAUGGAAAUUAUAUGUACCUCUUGUCAUAUUGGUUUUAUCAUAGAUUAAUUCAAAUGCAUAUAAGAUUGUGAUAAAGCUUGUUAAAAAUGUGAAAUAAUAAAUGGAAAAUCAUCUUGUAUUAAAUGCAAAGAGACUUCUAAGAGUCUUUUAAAAAGUUAGAGUAAAGAUGGAAUUUGUUAACUUUGUCCUUCAAAUUGUGUAGCUUGUUUGGACAGAUAGGAAUCUGAAAUAAAAAAAAUCAACCCCUAUUUUAUUGUAACUAGUUAAAAUGUAUAAUAAACAAGAAUUUGUUUUGAAAUUUCUUAAAAGACCUUAUCAAAUACUCAUUAUCAUUAUGAUACAUUCACCUAAACUGUAUCAAUUUGUAUUAUUAGAUUAAUUAAGAUUUUUUUGUUUUUUUAUACCAAAUUAUUUCAUAAUCUUCCAAUUUUAAAAGGACUAAUUAAAAUAAUAAAUCUUCUAUAAUUAGGAUAAACAAUGUUAUAAUAGAAUAAUUUUUAAAUUAAAUUUGUUUUGUGAUUAUUCAGAUUAUUUUGAAAAAAUGUUUUCUUAGAAUGAUAUAUAUUUUGCAAAGACAAAUCUACCUCUUGAUAGAUUUUAUGAUGAAUACUACUUAAAUUUUUUUGAAUCCCAAUAGCUUUAUACUUAUUUAAAUGAAAUUUAAGUUAAAUAUGCUUCCUAUGAAUUUACAUUAAUAUAAGGUAAUGCUGAAGAGUGUCUUAUGAAACAUAACCUAAAUAUUUACUCAACCUUAUUAUAAAAUGUAUUUACUUUGUAAAAAAUUGACAUAGAAUUUUUGGGGAAUGAACAUCCAACAAAAUUAAAAAUUGAUUCACAAAUUAAUUUCAGUAAUUUUACAUCUGUGACAUUUACUAAUAUUCAAUUUAAUUUUGGUGAAAAUAUAUUUACCUUUUCAAAUUCUACUUUGAUUAAUUUAUAUAAUUUAAAAUUAACUUUAGUCUUAAGCUUUAAAAAUUGCAUUUUUAUAACUAAAAAUGGAUUAAACAAAAAUUACACAUUAUUAAUUAAUUCUAAUACUCCUUAUUCACUGAUAAUCAACAAUUUAAUUUUGGAAACAUUUCAUAUUUACUCAUCAAAUCUAUUUUAAUUUAUUGCUUAAGAGAAUACUUAGAAGAAUUAUCUUUUUUUAAAAAAGCUCAUAAUUAGAAACUCUUUUUUUUUUAACUCCACAUUAUUUAAAUUUAUUGCUAAUAUCGAUAACUUAAAUUAUAAUUCCAAUUUUUCUGAAAUUGAAGUAAGAGAUACUAUAUUUUUGUAAUCUUCAUUUAUAUUAAGUAGCAGCCUUUUAAACUUUACAACUGGAACUAUAUUAAUUGAAAAAUUAAGACUAAAUCAUUUUAGAAUGUUAUUAAAUUCUAAUUUUGUUUAACUUCCUUGUAUUAUUUAUGCAAAAAUUGAAGAAGUUGAGUUAGAGAGUUGUUAAUUUCUUAAUCACUCUACAUUUUACAAAUCAAAUAUAAUUAAUAUUGAAAAUAGCAUUGUGAAUAAUACAAAAAUUAUUGAUAGCAAUUUGAUAAUAAAUGAUGUAGAUUACUCAAGAUCAUAAUAAGCUUUGUUUGAAUCAUCUAGAAUUUAAAUAAAGUUUUGCUAAUUUUUGAAUAAUGAAUAUAAUAAUUAUUAGUAAAUAAUACUUAUUAAAAGAUAUGUAGAAAUAACUAAUGAUUCUCUUUAAAUAGAGAAUUUAUUCAUGUUAAACAAUAGAUUGACAACAAAGAUGUAACAGAAUUAAAUAUCAUAUCACUAAUCUAUGAUUUAUAUUGAAUGCUAAAUCUGUUUAUUACAAAAUAUAAUCAUAUCAAGAGGGUAUGGAUUUCCAGAAUUUAGUAUCCUGAAUUCUGAUAUUUUGACAAUACAGAAUUUAACAUUCUAAUAGGAUUAACGAUACGUCUCAAAAACUUUACAUACAUCAAUAGAUUGUGUCAAAAAAUUUACAAUCAUGGAUUUAUAUUUCAUUAUAUUUAUUGGUUAAUAUCGAAUUGUGAAUAUAGAAUCAUUUAAUAUUAUAAAUUCCUUAAGUUUUAAUAACCCUUAUAUCAUAUUUUAAGGAUAUGACAUAAUGAAAAAAUCAAUAAAUGAAUCCAUUAUUAUCUAAGACUCAAAAUUUUUGAAUAAUUAAUUAAUAAUUACAGACUCUAACAAAAAUACAGCUUUAAUUUCCAUAGCAUCAUCAUAAUUAUGUUCAAUAUAUAUUUCCAAUAAUCAUUUUUUAAAUAAUCAUUUGAAUGAAUAUUUUUAAGAUUAAACAAGCAUAUCAUCAGCUACAUUAUAUAUAUCUUUAUAAUAAGGAUUAAUUUUGAUUUAAAACUGCACAUUUUUCAAUAAUCUUGUAACUAAUUCUAGUGAUUCAAUAAUUUACAUAAAAUCAAAAAUCUUAAAUCUAUAAAAUCUAGACUUUGCUAAUAAUAAUAUAAAAAAUACAUCAAAUUUGAUUAAAAGUAUAAUUUUUGCAGAAAAUGAAAAUUUAAGUUAAAUUAAUUUUGAAGCAGCAUUUCCAAUAAAAUCUAAAAGUGGAAAUGGAUAUUUUAUUGUAAAAGAAUUAAUUAUAAAUAAUAUUUCAAUUAAUAGUUCUAAUUCUUUAUAAGGGGGAGGUUUCUAUAUUGCUACAUAAGGAAUGAGUAAAAUAUUAAUAUCAAACUCUUUUUUUACAAAAACAUAAACUCAACUGCAGAGUUCUGUCUUUUCUAAUGGAGGAUGUUUAUAUAUUGAUGCAUCUUUGUCUUAAUUUACAUUUUCUCUAAUAAAUUCAUCAAUCGAUACAUCAUUUGCUAAAUAAGAUGGAGGAGGAAUUGUUAUAAUUCCAUCAGAAAUAUAUAAUGAGAUUUAGUUGAUAAAUGUAAAGAUUAAAGAUUGUUUUUCAUUAAAUAAUUCCUUUUUAUCAUAUAUUCCAAAUAAGGUUGAAAAUUUGCUUUCAACUAUAACAUUUCAAAAUGUUGAUUUUUAUUAAACAGAAAAGGGGUUGAAUAUGUACCUUUCAUUGCUAGAAUAACUUACUAGUUCAUAGGCAUCUUAAUUAGCAAAUUCUAAUCCAUUAAUUUUUGUUAAGUUUAGUAACUUCACUUUGGAUAAUUGUAACUUUUAUUCAACUUAUAUGUAAUUUUUGCUUUAUUUGGACUCAGUUGAUAAUAUAAUUUUGACAAAUAUUAAAGUCAUUAAUAGUUCAACAUUUAAUUCUCCUUUAUUUAAAAUAAAUAUAAGAGCAGGUAAUUAUGAUUAUAUUUACAAUAGAAUUUUUUGGAUACAUAAGGAUUUAAAAUCUUGAAUUUAUUAAUAUUAUAUAAAAUUAAAAGUUUGAAGAAGGUUCUUGCGUAUUAAUAAAAUAAACUUAAGAAAAUUAAAUAUAAUGUCCAGAAGAACCCUCAAAAAAUAUUGUAACUAUAAAUGAGCCAGAUUUUAGAUAGAAUUAACUAAUUUGUAAUAAAAUUUUAGUAUUUUCAAACUACUAAUAUAAUUUUAGUCUUUUUGAAAUAGACUAAAUAAAUUCAAAUCAAUAAUUAUUUGUUUAAAAUAUCCAAUUUUUAAAUAUAAUCUGUGAAACAUGUUAAUUUGGUCUAAUGAGAAUCCUUGGAUUUAAAUAAUUGGUGGCUACAAACAUGUAAUUCUCUUAUAUUUAUAUAAAAAAUUGUAUAUGUGGAAAUUCAGGUUGUUUAUCAAUUAUUAGAUCUAUUGAUGUAUCCUAUUUUUCAAGAAGUUUAUAAGAUAAUAAUCGAUUAUUAAAAUCACUUAAUUAUGAUAAUUUAGAAAGUCAAAUGAAAUAAUAAUUAUCCAUAGUUAAAAGUGUGUUUAUAAAUAACACAGCUAUAUUAGGAGGUUCUCUAUAUUUAAUAGAUAUUGAAACAUUAAUUAGAGAAAGUAUAUUUAUUAAUAAUUCUGCACGUGUAGGUGGAGCUAUCUACUACAAUUCCAAAGAGUAAUAAUUGUUAAUAUUAGAGACUGAUAUUACAAUGAAUUUUGCAGAUAUUGCAGGUGGAUUGUUCAUUAAUUCCUAGUAUCUAUAAUUGACAAAAGAAUUAGAUGUUUAUCUAGCCAAUAAUAAUUCAACUUUAUAUGGCAAUAAUGUAGUAGAGAAACCAAGAUCAUUAACAUUAUCAUUAAAUGGAGGAUAUACAUUUUUAGAAAAUAAAAACUUUUUUCGUUCUGAAACUGAGAUGAUUGAACAAAUAAUUCUCCAUCCUUAUACAACAUAUGGUUUAUCAACUCCAUAAGUAUAUCUAAAGUUACCAUCUGGAUAACCUAUUGUAGCAUAUGAAUAUUUUGACUACUUUACUUUUAAUUCUAUUCCUUAUAAUUAUCAAUUUAGAAUUAUUGCUUUAGAUAAAUUUAAACAAUAAAUUAAAGGUUUAGAUAAUACAUAUUGUUAUUUAAAGCCUUAAGUUUUUAAUGUAUCUGCUUAGGCUGAAUAAUUAAAUAUGGUAUUUAGCCUAUCUUUUUACAAUAUUAGUUUUAAUUAAUCAACUGGUGAUUAUAAUUUAGAUAAUCUAGUAAUCUAUUUCAAUCCAAAUUAUAGUGAAGAUCUAGUUUUGAGGCUAUUCAUUAGUUGCAAUUCUGUUUCAGUACCAUUAUAUAAUGAGGAACCCCCUUAUUUAAUCGAUAAAACUUUAGAAUCUUACAAAAUAUUUGUGGACAUUCAAACUUUUCCUUGUCAAAUUGGAGAAUUUUUGAAUUAUACUUCCGGAGGAUGUGUAAUUUGUGAUGCAUAUAAAAACGAAUAUUCAGUUGAAUUAGAGGCAAAAAGCUGCAGUUACAAAGAUGAUUCAAAAAUAAAUUCAAUUAAAUCUUCUAUGAUCGAAUUAAAGUCUAAUUAUUGGAGACCAUAUUACUACAGUAACAUUAUUGAAUAUUGUUACCAUCUUCCUUAAAAUUGUAAAGGGGACUGGUUGCCAGGAGAUGUUUCGUGUUAAUUAGGGCAUAUUGGAGCUUUAUGUGAAUAAUGCGAUCUUUAUAAUAUAAGAGGGGAUGGCCAAUUUUCAGUGAGUUAAGAAUUCCAUUGUGGAAAUUGCGAUUAAAUUUCCUAUAAUAUCUUACUAACUAUUUUAAUAAGUCUUUGGACUAUACUUUCAGUUUUAUUAUCAGUUAGUAGUACAGUUGCUAUGAUGAAAGAUUUUAUUCGAGAAAUAAGACUAAAAGCAUUUGGAUUAUCUCAUUCUAUAAAAGAAGCAUCGCCAGCUAUUUUAAUUAAAAUAUUUACAAAUUAUUUAUAGAUUAUACAAGCAAUCUCAACAUUUAAACUAGAAGUACCCUUUAAUGUACUUAUAAUCAUAUAAGGCUUUGCUAAUCCGAUUGGAUCUAUGGCAUAUUCAUUAGAUUGCUUUAUAGUAUCUUUUACAAAUAUAGAAAUUAUUUACUUUAAAUUAAUAUGGAGUUUGAUUAUGGCAGUAAUUUAUUUAAUGUUUUUUUUUCUUUUACUUGGAACUGCUGUUUCAAUAAAAUUAAUUAGGCUUGAUGUUUCUUAUAUUUCUACUCCUUUUAUCUAUUUAUUCAUAUAUUUAUAACCAAAUUUGAUAGGAUAAAUCAUCUCAUUAUUAUCUUACAGAAAGAUUUCAAAUGAAAAUUGGAUUUAAGGAAAUGUUUCAUAUCUGUAUAAUACAAAUUCUCAUUAAUAAUGGAUUUAUUCUUUAUGUCUUCCUCUUUUAUUCAUUAUUAGUUCUUUUAUUCCUUGCUGUUUAUGGUUUGGGCUAUUUAAAAAUAAACAUUAAUUGAAUAAUAUAAGUAUAAGGAGAAUUUGGGGAUAUUUGUAUAACGAGUAUAAAAAUAAUGCUUAUUAUUGGGAAACAUUCAAAAUAAUUGAAAAAGAAGCAAUAAUAAUAGUAUUAAUUUAUUAUAACGAUCAUAUUUAAAUUAAAGCUUCAAUUGUUUUCCUUAUAUUAUUUUAUUACAGCUUUUUAACAACUUCAUCCAAACCAUACGCUACAGGAUAAUUAAAUCGCUUGGAUGCAUAAUCUACAAUUAUCUGUGCUAUAUCAAUAAUUAUGGCAAGUUGUAUUUAUACUGCAUAAUAACAAAGAUUAAAUGAAAUUAUUUUGCCUUCUUACUUUGUAAUGGGAUUCAUAAAUUCUUUAUAUCUGAUUUAGAUGAUUCUUUAAAUUAUCUUAUCCUAUUUUAAAAAAUUUGAUCUACUAAUUGAUAGAUUUAAAGAAAUUAUUUUGAAAAAUUUUCCAAAUAUAAUUUCAUAGUAUCCUAAAAUUUAUAAUUUCUUAGAAGGGAAAAAAUAAAAGCAAUUAAGAGUUAAAAUAAAAUAUAGGAAAUUAAAAGAUUACCUGUUGGCUAGAGCAAGAAAAAAUUUGUAAUUUAAAAUGUAUUAUAAUUAAUAAUUAUUAAUAGGCUUAAUGAAAACUUUCAAUCAAAUUAAGGAAGUUUGAAGGGAUUUGAGUAAGAAUAAAAUUUCAUUCUAUCUCCCUAAAUAAAAAGUAUCUAAAGUGAAGUUGUGUUGAAUACAAGUUAGUUAAUUUCAGAGAGAACAAAUUAAAAUUAAAAAUAUUCUGAAAACUAAUAAAAAUCAAUUUUUUAUGCAUUUUAAAGAGAUAAUAAAUAAAGACUUUUAAAGGUGGAAAAUAUUCAACAUCAGAAACCUGAAAACUCUACUUAAUGA